AUGACGAUUAAAUCAAAGUAGGUGAUGUCAUAUUGACACAGUGGGAAUGCAUAAAAAUGAUGUCAUCGGAAAAUGCUGAGGUGGAAAGAGAUUUGAAGGUUUGAAACUAAAAAUUAAUGUUGUUUUUGUUAUGAUUAGUAUUGUUAGGUGGAAGAGUCGAAGCGUGAAAAUUCCGCCGAAUCUCUAUCAUCUACGAUUUUUCCAUGGAGAAAAAUUUCAGCACGAAGGAUCUUUGUAUCGCGAUACGAGACUGGAAGACAAAUCGAGCCCAGCGGUUUCUACUUAUGUCUUCUUGCUGUUCUUUUGCUGGUAUCAAGUUAAACUAAGAUUUUAGUGGAAAAAAACUUGAUUAAUUGCAGUGUAGUGGCACGUUUUUGGUCUCGGCUUGUCUAUGGACGAUGUUCUCAAAACUCUCGUACAUCUCCAUCCUGAAUCAGUCUCUCGUCACCGAUCCGAACAACUUCAACCUCUGCGGCGGAUUGUUGGCGAUUCCUUGCUUCUGGAUUGCCUUCACCACGCACGACAAUCGCAAGAAUUACCUACUCCUCCCUUUGCUGAUCGUGUUGUUAUCGAUUUCGAUGACGCUCCUCGCCGUCGGUAGUUCAAUCACCAUCAUCCAACGCACGAAGAUGUCCUUCUCGAACUGCACGGAUCCUCCGACUCUCCUCCCCAGCCAUUACAAAUCGCUCCUCAUCGAUACGCUGAAAGCUGGAAUGAACGAGUACGAGAGCAAUUACAACUACAAAAUCUCCUGGGAUCGAGUUCAAAUCAGGUUGCAGUGCUGCGGAGUCUCCGGUUACCGCGACUGGAAGUCACCACCGAAAAGCUGCUACCAUAAUCAAACAACCCAUAACGGUAUGUUCGAGCGAGGCUGUCUCGACGGUAUCGCCUUCGAAAUGUCGUGGCACAUGUGCUUUUUGAGCGGAUGCGCUUUGAUCGCUUUGGGAAUUCAGAUGACUACACUCGUGUUCGUGUUCUAUCUGUACCUGAAAGAGAAGCUGGGCCGCGCCACAGACGUCACCAGCUUUUGAUUUCCAUGGUAACCUUCAACAGCAGCAGAACGUAUCGUAGCAACGAAGCUGACGCACGAAAAGGAUUAAUUGGUUACCAAACAAAAUAAAUGAACAAAGAAACAAAAAAUAUCUUCACUCUAUGACAUUUCCUUCUUAA